AUGGAUAAUAUAUUAGAGAAGAUUAAGAAAAAGACAAUGAAGUCAACAGCUAAACCAGAUGACCUAAAUAUUUCUAAGAAAAAAAAAGAAGAAACCUACAGUUUAAAGGCUUUCGGUAAAUCUUGUGAGCCUUUAGCUGACUUUAAUAUCACCAAACCUUACAUAGGCAUUGAAUAUGAAUUUCAAAGGAAACCUAUGAAAAAUGUUAAAAUUACAAGUUGUACAGUGUCAGACCUCUACCCGGGAAAUGAUAAAAGCACCAACCAAUCUUCAAUGGGCGUAUCUGUUGAAACCAUCACCCAUUUGGUACCAAGAAGACAAGAAUGUAUAGAAGAAAAGAAGAAUAAAAACCAAGUAAAAGAAAAAUUGCAGAAUCAUACUGAAAAACAAAGAAAAAAGAAAAAUAAAGUGAAAAAUAAAGAUGAUAAGAAGUCUCAAGCCGUAGAGGAAGAGCUCCAAGCAACUGCGACAAAACAAAUAAAAAUCUACAAUGAAAGCCUAGAUGAAGUAUUACAAGCAAUAGCGCAAAAAUGUAAACAAUCGAAAGAAAAACAAACCAAAAUACAGAAUGGUAGUGGUCUUAGAGAAGAGUCACCAUGCAGAAUAGAUCCAAAAAUUAAUACAAAUACCAAAUGUAAAGAAGUAAAAAUCCACAAGGAAAACGUGGAUAAAGAAAAAGUAACUCCAGCAAUAUCGCAAAAACUUCCAAAAGCCAAAGAAAAACAAACACAGAAAAACAAAACGAAAGUGCAGAAGGGAGAACUUAGAGAAGAGUCACCAUGCAGAUUAGAUCCAAUAAUUGAUACAAAUAACAAAUGUAAGUUUGAGUUGUUUUUGUGGGAAGGUAAUCAAAGACUGGUAGUUCUUAAAGAAAAUGAAACACUUAUAUGCUAUGGCUAUUGUUCAAUUAAAGUCAUGUAUGGAAAACUUGCAAUUUUAGGAUCCAUUUUAGAUAAAAGAUCUAAAAUGGUCGACAUAUAUUCUCCCAGAGGGAGUUCCUUAUUAGCCUUGAAAAAUGUUACAGAUGAAAAAGAGAGCCCUAGAAAUUGGGCAUCAUUAAAGGAACAUGAUGUUCUCAAACAAACCUCACUCAACAAAAAAGAUGUUGUAUUUAUUGUUAGUUCUGGAACAGAAAAUGAUAAAAUCAAAUUUUUGAAACAAUACACAUCAGAACAAAUAUUUCCUAAAAUUACUAACUUGAAUGUCCCACAAGUUACAUUUUACAACGAUGGAAAAUUUAAUUCUAUUGCCAUCCACCCGGAAUGGGGCAGAAUAAUAAAUAUGGUAGAUGAAUCUUCGAAAAUGUUGAUUGUCGGUGGAGGUGGGGUAGGUAAAAGCACUUUUGUGAGGUACUCCAUUAACAGGUUGUUGAGUAAGUUUCCAAAAGUAAGAGUUAUCGAUUUGGAUCCAGGUCAAUCUGAAUUCACAGUUCCGGGAUGUAUUUCUGUUCUAGAAGUAUCAGAACCUGUUUUCGGACCAAGUUAUACACAUUUGAGGAAAGUAAAAAGAUCACUUCUGACAAAUAUCGAUACAGGCCAUGCAGUUAACAGGUACCUAAAUUGUAUAAAGAACCUAAUGAACUCCAUAACUGAUUUUGAAGACAUGCCAACAUUGAUUAAUUACAUGGGAUUCACUCAGAGCAUAGGCAUAAAUAUCGCAUGUUCAGCUGUGACUUUCGUAAAACCUACACAUGUAGUCCAGAUCAAGAGUCUCGAUGACAAAAAUAACUUUGAGACAAAACUCAAGGCGAAAAUAAUCAAGGAUUAUUGCAACAUGUUUGUAAGUGAUAUCAGCAAUAGCCUGAAGUAUACUCACAUCGAAAUGAUGUCAAUGAACAGCCAGAAGAAGGUUGGAUUGUCUCUGAAGCCUAGGCAAAUACGGGAAAUGGCUGUGGUGGCUUACUUCUCACAAAUUAUGUCUGAUGACGUAAAUCAUCUUUCCAGUCAUAAGAUUCCAAUGUAUAAAAUAGAUCUGAGUUCCAUAAAACUUAGCAACGAUAAGGGCCAAAAGAUAUCUCCAGCAGUAAUUAACGCCCAACUAGUAGCUAUGUGCUCAGAAAUGGACAGCGAUGGAUACUUCGAAGUUUUUGGUCACGGUGUCGUACGAGAAAUCGACGACUCAGAAAACCGCUUGGUUCUUAUUACACCCGAGCCUCCGCAGGUGUUAGAGAAGGUUUUUCACUUGGUACGUCAUAGCGUAUCGCUGCCUCCUUCUAUGUAUAUGGAUAUCAGUGACGUUACUACAUCUAUUCCGUUCGUAAUGACAGGAGAACUGGAUAAUCGGUUGGAUCAGAUGGCUAAAAGGUCUUAUCUUCCGGCCAAUAAAACUUCGGUGUAG